AUGGCAUACAACAGAUAUUAUUUUCAUGUUCUUCUACCUCUCAUUGUUAUACUUUCUUUAUUGAUUAUUACUAAUACUGAAGGUGUUGCUGCUCCAGAAAUACCUUUGUUGAAUCGGAAUAGUUUCCCACCUGGCUUCAUCUUUGGUACAGCAUCCUCAGCAUACCAGUAUGAAGGAGCAGCAAAUGAGGGUGGUAAAGGGUCAAGUAUUUGGGACACCUUCACUCAUAAAUAUCCUGAUAAGAUAAAGGACAGAGGCAAUGGAGAUGUUGCAGUUGAUUCAUAUAAUCGCUACAAGGAGGAUGUUCGGAUUAUGAAGCAUAUGAAUUUGGAUGCUUACAGAUUUUCCAUAUCUUGGUCAAGAAUUCUUCCAAAUGGACAAUUAAGUGGAGGUAUAAAUGAAGAAGGAAUUGACUAUUACAACAAACUUAUCAAUGAGCUGGUGGCAAAUGGUUUAGAACCAUUUGUGACGCUUUUCCAUUGGGAUCUUCCUCAAUCUUUAGAAGAUGAAUACGGUGGCUUCUUAAGUUCUCGCAUUGUGAAAGAUUUCCAAGACUAUGCAGAGCUUUGCUUCAAGGAAUUUGGCGAUAGAGUGAAAAAUUGGAUAACUUUGAAUGAGCCAUUGACUUAUAGUCAACAUGAACCCUAUUUGGUCACGCAUCACCAACUUCUUGCUCAUGCAGCGGCCGUCAAUGUCUACAAGACCAAGUACGAGAGAAUUCAAAAUGGUUUGAUAGGCAUAACUUUGAAUUUUAUUUGGUGCGAGCCACUGUCGGAAAACAAACUUGAUCGAGAAGCUACUGAACGAGUUAUUGAUUUUAUGUUUGGAUGGUUUAUGGAUCCACUGACAAGAGGAAAUUAUCCCAAAAACAUGCGUUUGUUGGUGAAAUCACGAUUACCAAAAUUUACAAAGGAGCAUUCCAAAUGGCUUAUUAAUUCGUAUGAUUUUAUUGGCAUAAAUUACUAUACCGCUAGAUAUGUCUCUGAUGCACCAGAAUUAAGAAAUGUCAGAAGCAGUUAUAUGACAGAUGCCCUUGCAAAUUUUUCACAUGUGCGUGAAGGAAAAGCUAUUGGUCUAAAUGUUGCUUCAGAUUGGUUGUAUGUUUAUCCAAGAGGAUUUCGAGACCUUUUAUUCUACACCAAAGAGAAAUACAACAAUCCUUUAAUUUAUAUCACUGAAAAUGGUAUAAAUGAUUAUGAUGAUCCAUCACUCUCACUUGAAGAAUCUCUCUUAGAUAUUUAUAGAGUUGAUUAUCAUUAUCGCCAUUUAUAUUAUCUUCAAGAAGCAAUUAAGAAUGGUGUAAAUGUAAAAGGGUAUUUUGUAUGGUCACUCCUAGACAAUUUUGAAUGGAACUUUGGUUACACAAUGCGAUUUGGAUUGAAUUUUGUAGAUUACAGGAAUGGUUUGAAAAGAUAUUCCAAACUUUCUGCUAUGUGGUUCAAGGAUUUUCUUAAUAUAGAAUUCAAACAUCAAAGUUCCUUGUAA